CUGUGACCCAGGAAAGUGCUCCUGCCCUGGGAGGAGGCUGAGCUCAGAGAGGAGCAGGCAGCAGGGCUGAGUGGCCUGGACCUGGGCUUCCCAGCGGGUCUCAGUGAAGCUCCUUCCACAGAGGGGACAGAGCAGAGGGACCAUGCAGCCCCCCUCAGCCUGUCCCUGCAGAGGGGGCAUCCCCUGGCAGGGGGUCCUGCUGGCAGAAAAAUGUUCCCCCGGCAACUGGGCAUGACACGCCAUUUUAUCAGGCCAACCUGUCCGCUCCCUAGACAUAGCUGGCUCUCCUCAUACCUUCCACAUCUCCAUACUCUCAUGGACCACAGGACAAAGCAGAAGGAUCCAUGGAACCCAGUGAAACACCUGCUGUACACCACUGCCCUGCUGACUCUGUCCUGGGAGGUGAGACCAGAGCCCCCCAGAGCACAGAGCUUAUCCCCAGAAGAGCUGUCAGUCGCUCUCCAACCUGUGCCCGCUGCCGCAACCAUGGUGUCACUGCCCACCUCAAGGGCCACAAGCGCCUCUGCCUCUUUCAGGCUUGCGAGUGUCACAAAUGUGUCCUUAUCCUGGAGCGCCGAAGGGUCAUGGCUGCCCAGGUCGCCUUGCGCAGGCAGCAAGAGGCACAGCUAAAGAGGCAUCUGGCUCAGGGACUGAUGAGGAGAGGAACAGCCCCUCUCAAAGCUCCCACCGGUGUCAAGAAAGGAGCCACUCGACCAGGGGUCCCCUCUGGAAAGGAGAACAUAGCACCCCAGCCUCAGAGCCCCCAUGGGGCAGUCCCACUGGCACUGACACCUCCUGGGAAGGAGAACUCCUGUGGGCCUCUGCUGCUCAGCCGUCCCCCAGAAGCCUUGCCUUUACCCUGGACUCCAGUGCCUCCUGGCCCUUGGGGACCAGGGCACUGGCUGCCUCCAGGCCUCUCCAUGCCACCUCCAGUGGUAUGCCGCUUGCUAUGCCAAGAACCUGCUGUCCCUCUACAUCCCUGCCCUGGCUUUGACCCUGGCACCUCCCUCCGGCUGCCCACCCACGGGUCCCUCCCAACCUUCCCAGGAUCUCGCUCAGUACUGACAGCUCCUCUUUCUGGAGAGCCCCAAGGGCCCCCUGGCCUGCCCCACACAUGCUCGACUCUGAUACUCCAGUCCUGUGGCACCCCAGACUCUCUUCUGCUACAGCCACAGGCCCCUGGAGCCUCUCGCCUGGCCUGGACAUCUGCCCCCUCAGAGCGGCAGCUGCAGCGGGAGGCAGCUGAGGCACUUGUGGGUCUGAAAGAUUCAUCCCAGGCUCCCCGCCUGACCCCUUCUGUCCCCCCCAACCCUGCCUGGAUUUCCCUGCUCCACCCCUGUGGCCCACCAGCUCCUGCUGGAGGAAGAGGAUUCCAACCUGUCGGCCCCUCUCUCCGACCCAGCCCAGCUCCUUCAGUAUCUCUGCAUAUUGGGCGCCUGGGGUCCAUCUCCCUUCUGAGUUAAAAGCCCAGAGGUGGAGGCUGCCUCACUGGGGCAGGAAACCAAUAGCCCACAGGCACUGCAUAUUUGGUAUUUUACUUACAGAUUUUUGCAUGGAAUUUAAUAUACUACAAGCUUCAGGAUUUUUUUUUUAAGCUUUCAGGUGCUUUGUUAGCUUUCAGUUCCUUUUAUAGUGUGGGCAUUUCCUUGGCCAAAGAUGGAUAUUUUCAUACCCUUCCUUGGGUCUAGGAUCUUUUUAAGUAUCCAAGAAACAAAGAGUUGUGCAGUUUAAGCUGACCAGUAUCUAAAUACUUUUCUGCAUGAGUUCAUGUUCUGUAUAUACCUAUGCACUCAUGUCUGCUCCAUGCAUAUGAAAACAGGAGAGUACUUUCAUUAUGUGUCUAGGUUUGUGUGAAUAAGCAAAAAAUAAACAUUUGUUGUUUUAAGUACUGAGA